UCAAAAAUCGUGACGUCACGUCCUUCCCGUGGUGCUUAGCGAUCCCGUCGGCAAAAGAAAACAUUUAUGCCUCAUAUGCUCUGUUUUUAAAGAAAGAAACGGCGUUAAACAAAACCAUUUCCACUGGAACCGACGCGGCGAGGAAAGAUAAAUCCACGGCAUCAUGGAUCAGGACUAUGAGUGCAGGCUGCUCAGGCAGAUCAACAUCCAAAAUGAGAAUGCAAGCCCCAUAAAAGCUGCAGGAGCCGUGCGAGCUCUGACACCCACCAGCUCCCCCCUGUCCUCCCCCAGCAAGCAUGGCGAUCGCUUCAUUCCCUCCCGGGCCGGAGCCAACUGGAGUGUCAACUUUCACCGCAUCAAUGAGAUUGAAAAGUCACAUAAUCAAAAUAGGAAAACCAAAGAUGGCACGACAGACAGCAACAAAGCGGAUGGGCUGGCUUACUCGGCUCUGCUGAAGAACGAGCUGCUGGGAGCAGGUAUCGAGAAAGUCCAGGACCCUCAGUCAGAAGAUCGCCGUCUGCAGCCAUCCACUCCUGCCAAGAGGAGCCUUUUUAGUUACUCUGUCAGUGCAAAAAGAGCUAUGCCAGAAGAGGAUGGGAACACAGUUUCGCCCUAUUCUCUAUCACCCGUCAGUAGCAACAGCCAGAAACUUCUACGGUCACCAAGGAAACCUACGCGCAAAAUAUCCAAAAUUCCUUUCAAGGUUCUGGAUGCUCCAGAGCUACAGGAUGAUUUCUACCUCAACCUAGUGGACUGGUCCUCUCUGAAUGUGCUCAGUGUUGGACUGGGUACCUGUGUGUACCUGUGGAGCGCCUGCACCAGCCAGGUAACACGUCUAUGUGAUCUUUCUGUUGAAGGAGAUUCAGUAACAUCAGUGGGCUGGUCAGAGAGGGGUAACCUGGUGGCAGUGGGGACUCAUAAAGGCUACGUACAGAUCUGGGAUGCUGCAGCGGGAAAGAAGCUGUCUGUACUUGAGGGACACACAGCCAGAGUGGGUGCGCUAGCGUGGAAUGCAGACCAGCUGUCAUCGGGGAGUCGCGAUCGGGUGAUCCUGCAGCGGGACAUUAGAGCCCCGCCUCUUCAGUCUGAGCGCCGUCUCCAAGGACACAGACAGGAAGUCUGCGGGCUCAAGUGGAGCACUGACCACCAGCUGCUUGCCUCGGGGGGAAAUGAUAACAAGCUGCUCGUGUGGAACCACUCGAGCGUCCUCCCGGUGCAGCAGUACACCGAGCACUUGGCUGCGGUGAAGGCCAUCGCCUGGUCUCCCCACCAGCACGGCCUGCUGGCCUCUGGAGGCGGUACCGCCGACCGCUGCAUCCGCUUCUGGAACACUCUAACAGGCCAGCCGCUGCAGUGCACCGACACCGGCUCUCAAGUCUGCAACCUGGCCUGGUCCAAGCACACGAACGAACUGGUCAGUACACACGGUUAUUCCCAGAACCAGAUCUUGGUGUGGAAGUAUCCCUCUCUAACUCAAGUGGCCAAACUUACAGGACAUUCCUACAGAGUACUCUACCUGGCCAUGUCACCUGACGGAGAGGCCAUUGUGACGGGGGCUGGAGAUGAAACACUUCGGUUCUGGAACGUCUUCAGCAAGAUGAGAUCCACUAAGGAAUCUGUAUCGGUGCUGAACCUCUUUACAAGGAUCCGGUAGUAAGCAAGACAUCUGUACCACGAGGGAAUAAAGCCGGGAAGGGAAUUUAACUUUGCAUGUUUGGAGCUGUAAGUUGGCCCCUUCUUUGAGUCUUCACCUCAGUAUUCUACAGAGGACCUCCCCUCGAUUGCCCUUAGUUUUUUGAGCAAAGUUGUGUCGCUGGACUUUGGAGAAGCAGGAGAGGUGAGCAGCAGGUCUAGGGCAGAGGACAUGCAUUCAAUACACAUAGUAUUCCACCCCCUCCUGAAUAAUGGCGGAGCCACCGCCGCCGCCUCCUACGGACCAGAGAUCUGAGGACGAGGAGAAUUUUGGGCGUUGUUCCCCCGUGUGAAAUGUUAUGUUUUGUUUACAGACUGACGCCGUGCAUACCUGCCAAAUAUUGAGUUUGUCCUUUUUGAUUGUCUAUUUAUUUUAUUGAGGUUUUGUUUGGUUUUUGUUUUGUUUUUAACAUAUUUUAACACAUAUUCUUACUAGUGUGUUUGUUUCAGUAGCUACAGUAGUUUUCGGUCUGAUCUGUGGAUAAUGUCAGUCUUUGUUCAGGUUUACACAAACAUCUGCGCUUGUCUUUUUGUAUUUUACUGACAGGCAAUAAUAUCUCAUGUACACUGAUAACGGAUUACUUAACACUGUGCCAUCCCAAGAAAUGAUAAUGGUGUGACGAAUGGGCCUGAUCUCCUUUUUUAUCAAUGACGUUAAGUUAAUUUUACUCUAAUGAUAUGAAGCCGUAUAGUUUCAUCGUUUCUCAAGAAAGCAACUAUUUGGUAACACUGUACUUUAGCACAGGUGCUUACAGAAAUAAUCCAGAUGAAAAUUAGGAGAUUUUAAAGUGACUUGCGUGGAGGUUUUCCACUUAUCUUAUUUCUCUGCUGUCUUAAAUGGAAAUCAGGGGGCAAGGAAAAAUUAUGACAAAAACAUUUUGGUUUCUGAUUGUAGUUUGUAAGUGCACGGUAAAAAGACAUUUCAAAUGAAACCAGACAGCGUAUCGCUGUUCUGUGCUGCAUUCAGGCUCGGGGCACUUGUAGUUUGCUACUUCAGACCAUUUCCGUGUUGAGAAGCUGUGCUAUUGCUUUUUUUUUUUAUUAUUUAAUUUUUUUUUUAAUCCCCCCCAAAAAAUCAGCAUCUAUAGCCUUUUCUCCCAGUUUGGAUUUUUUUUUCCCCCCGCUGUAUGAAUGUUUGAGUUAGCUAGUGUGCCACAUUUAAAUGAAUGCUAUUUAUUUGUGCUGUGAAAGGUUCUUGUACAGAGGAGGAUGUUUGUUUACUAAUGUUAUCUGAGGGAAGGCGAUGGGCAGUUUCACUGUUAAACUCUGGAAAUGUACUUUAAUGCCACUUCAAAAUCAAGACGAUGCUGCCAACUUGAAUUACAGAAAGAAUGUUAAAAAGGAAAAAAAAAAAAAAUUUCUGUACUGAGAGAUCAUCAACAAUUAAAUUACCAUAUCUUGUA